GCAUAUUUUUGUUUACAUUGUCAAGGACUCGCAAAACGCAACAAUUUGUUGUUAUUCCACGCAUUUUUUAAUUUAAUUAACUCCAUUUCUCUUGCAAAAAAUGACUCUCAUCCCGAUUGAGACUGAUUGGCAGACAGAAUUCGAGAGUUGUGAUCGUUUAGCGGUGGAAAUUCACUCGCAAAUCCAACAAAGGAACAAUGAACUCCCGAAUUCGGAACGAUAUCAAAGCAUUUCCGCAGGAAUUCGUACCAGACUGACGCAAUUUAGUGGCGAAGUGAAGGAACUGAAGCGAAAAUUGCGUGAAAGUGACGAAGAAUUGACGCCUGCUGAAGAGGAACGACGAAUUCGGAGUAUUGAGAAGCUCGAGUCGAAGAUAAUUCAGUUCAACCAGGCGUUUGGAGGUGUUUCAAGUGUCGCUUUAGAGACCGUGGAGAGGAAAGAACUGCUCGGACGGAACAAAUAUCUGCAAGAAGACGACGAGGAUGAUGACGAUCCAAUUGCCGAUGACCGAGAAGGGCUUUUGAGCAAGAAAACUCUUCAAAAAAUGAAGGAACAGAACGCUCGAGUGCUACGGGAACAAGAUGAGGGACUCGAAAGUUUGUCAAAAAUUAUUUCUAGGCAAAAGGACAUUGCAACUCGCAUUUAUGAUGAAGUAGAAAAUCAAUCAGAAUUACUCGAUGGAAUCGGAAAUGACAUGGAAAACGUUGACGUUAGAAUGGCUGCGGAAACACGACACAUUACACAAAUCGUGAGAAGUCCCUCGUUAUGUCGUUAUUACAUGCUAUUGGCUGUCUUGAUACUCAUUUUGGUACUUGUCAUAUGGCUGAAAUGAGUAUCGAGUGUGUCUGAAACAGGAUUUUAUACCAAAUAACCCCAUAUCUACUCAAUUUGAAUUAAUUUUUAACCGAUUUAAUGCCUUUUUGUUACGAAAAUGAGCAAAAAAAUAUAUUUUUAGAGGAG